AUGGAUUCGAAAUCUACGAAAAGUACUACCGGUCAGGCAACCCCGAUUGAGUAUGACAUGAAUUCUACGGAGACGAUAAAGUAUGAUUGUUGUGAUCAGAUGAGAGAGGCGGGUAUGGAACAUAUCGAAAAGUAUAAUCAGGGCGGAUAUCAUCCUGUACUAAUCAAUGAUAUUCUUGACGGUCGAUUCGAAGUAUUUCAUAAACUCGGCAGCGGAGGCUAUGGAAUCGUUUGGCUAUGUCGCGAUCUCGUCUUAGAAAAAUGGAGAGCAGUUAAGAUAAUAACUGCAGAUCAAUCCUCUGAAACUGAAGAAGAAAAGAUUUACCAGUACUUCCGAGAGAAUUGCACCCCGGAGGAACUAGAACAGAAUCAUAUCGUGAUGCCUCUAGAAGAAUUCUGGGUAGAGGGACCUAACGGCCGCCACCGUUGCCUUGUAAUGCCAGUACUAGGUUGGAAAGUUUGGGACUGGCGAUACGACCACGACGGCCAUGAGGAACAAAACCGCAUAUACACAAAGGAUAUAUGCCGCCAAGUCACCAAGGCCAUGGAUUUCCUCCACGGGCAUGGGAUAUGCCAUGGCGAUUUCAGACCACACAAUAUUCUCAUGAAGGUUGAAGGCAUUGAUGAUCUGGACGGGCCUCAACUUAUAGAAUUGAUGGGAGAGAGAAGCCGUUAUCGGGUUGAGACGGUAUCAGAUAUUCCAUCACCCAGAGCUCCUGAGUACUGUGUAGUUCCCGCAAGCAUGGACUGGUGUAAGACAAUAUCCACCCAGUCCGUUGCAAUUAUUGAUUUUGGCGAGUCAUUUUUCGCUAAAAGUCCUCCCAAAAUGACCGGUAUUCCGACUUUAUGGGCUGCCCCUGAGAUCAUGUUUGAAGAAUCUAAGGUCCUAGGAUUUCCCAGCGACGUAUGGUCAUUGGCAUGUACGCUUUAUGAAAUUUGGACAGGCGCUCCUUUAUUUGGGCGGCUUCACGCCCACUACUUCGGCCUAAUAGUUGAAGAGGUCGAAAAGUUCUUAGGUCCAUUACCUCUAUGUUAUGAGACGGCGUACGCAAAGAUGCGUGCAGAGAUGUAUGGGAAAAAUCUCAAUGAAGAUCCUCAAGAACAAGUUGAAUCUCAACCUGAACCCGAAGAAUAUCUUGAGGAGGAUGAGCUCAUCGAAGAGACCAGUUAUCCAAACAUGUUUGAAACCGACCUAGGAGAGGAGAAGGUAGUAUACGAAAACGGCGCGCCUGUCAAACAUCGAUAUCCUCAGCAAGAUGCAUUGGAAUUAGGUGAUCUGCUAUAUAAAAUGCUAAGAUACGAGCCGGAUGAACGUAUCACAAUGAGCAUGGUAAUUUCACACCCUUGGGUAAGGACAGAACCAACACAUCCCAUCCCUACCGAUUCCGCAUACAAGAGUAUACGUGAUCAUAUACGUGAUCGUUCACUGACUAUGAUACUUCUCGCCUUUAUGGCUUUCGCUAUGAUCCCCCAGGCCAUGAAUCGACGCAGUAAUAUCCUGGUUAACGAGGGUUGGAAGCAUAGGAUGGAAGAAUUGAGCGAGCCAUUAAGGAAAUUGGCGUAUAAGUUAUAUCCGUCUCUUAAGGAUUCCAAGUCUAGCUCCGGUCUAUCACCUUGGAAUUUUUGGGAACUAAGUAACCCGAUACGCCGUAUAGCACAUCGUUGGUUUAGAUAUUAG